AUGGUAUUUGGGCAGCAGAUGAUCACUUCUGGGUCGGCCUACGCUCUGAUUAGAAAGCUAAGCUUGUUGGAGGAUCGAACCAUACAUCUUAGCCAAAAGGAUUCACUGGAUGUAGUGCGCGAUAGGGCCUGUGAAAUUAGGCAAAAACAGUAUCUGACUAAUGAGAAGCAAUAUAACCUGAGAGCGCGAGAAGUCGUCUACAAGGAAGGUCAGGAGGUGUUUAGGCGGAAUUUUAAGCAAAGCAAUUUCGAGGCCGGCUACAAUGCGAAAUUCGGACCCAGUUUUCUCAAGGCUAGAGUUCGUAAGAGAUUAGGAGAAGCCUACUACGAACUUGAGGAUAUGCAGGGGAAGCUCCUUGGGAAAUUUCAUGCUAAGGACAUAAGGCAGUAG